GCCGCCUCGCGCUCAUUUAGCUGCUGUCAGAGCGCGCGGCCCGGGCACGCUCCCACAACUUUUUAUUUUUAUUUUUGAGCCCGGAACCGAAGUGAAGCUCCAACAAGUCGCUGUUAGGGGGGUUUCCCUUCCCCGUUCCUCUCCGAGUGGAUCUUCAGAACCGGGUCCGAAUGUUUCUGCCUGUUUGACUCUGUCCCACUGACACCAGGUGAAUGUACAGCAUCAUGAUGGAGACGGACUUACAUUCCCCCGUGGUGCCCCAGACCAACCCAGCCAACCCGGGGGGACACGCGGGAGGAGGAGGCAAAAUCCCGCAGGAGAGGAUCAAAAGACCCAUGAACGCAUUCAUGGUCUGGUCCAGGGGCCAGCGGAGGAAAAUGGCCCAGGAGAACCCCAAGAUGCACAACUCGGAGAUCAGCAAGCGGCUGGGAGCGGAGUGGAAGGUGAUGACCGAGGCGGAGAAGAGACCCUUCAUCGACGAGGCGAAGCGGCUCCGGGCCAUGCACAUGAAGGAGCACCCGGACUACAAGUACCGGCCCCGGAGGAAGACCAAGACUCUGCUCAAGAAGGACAAGUACUCCCUGGCAGGCGGGCUCCUGGGCUCCCCGGCGGGCGUGGGGAUGGGCGGCGGGCAGCGGCUGGACAGUCCCGGAGGCGGGCACCACGCGGGGGCGAACGCGGGCUACGCGGCGCACAUGAACGGCUGGGCGAACGGCUCGUACUCGGGCCAGGUGGCCGCCGCGGCGCACGCCAUGAUGCACGAGGCGCAGCUGGCGUACACGCACCACCACCCGCACCACCACCACCACCACCACCCGCACCACAACCCGCAGCCCGUGCACAGGUACGACAUGAGCUCCCUGUCCUACAGCCCCAUCUCAAACUCUCAGAGCUACAUGAGCGCCUCUCCGCCGGGCUACAUCAGCGGCUACAGCCACCAGAGCUCCGGCCUCUCCCCGGGUUCUCUGGUCAAGUCGGAGCCGAGCGUCAGCCCGCCGGUGUCCGCGGCGCGCGCACCGCCCUCGUGCCCCGCGGGGGACCUGCGGGACAUGAUCAGCAUGUACCUGCCGACCGGAGAGGCGGCAGCGGGGGACUCGUCGGUCCCGAGCAGACUGCACGUCCUGCACCCGCAGCACUACCAGAGCGGGUCCGCGCCGGUGAACGGGACGGUUCCCCUCACGCAUAUUUAAAAAAAAGAAAACAAAUUACCUGAACUCACCUGUAAAUUAGAGGCGCUUAGAGCCAGAACCAUGCAAUCAAACUUUUUUAUCAUUAUUCCGCUGACUUUUUUCAGUUUGCUUCAGUGACGGAUUUUUAUUCUUGUCUGGUCCGAUGAGGGGAAAAUGUGUCGCGCUCUGGAACAGCGCGUGCCAAGUUUUGACGCGAUUUAAAUUAUAAUCCGUGAAGUCUGGUGCAUUCUGAAGGUUAUUUUUCUUCUUUUUUCCCCACAGUUGUUUUUUUAAAGUGGAAUCGACCGAAACCAGCUGAGUGUUUGAAGGGUUUUAAAGCAGGAGGCGGUGUGUGUGACAGGGCCAAAUAAAAACUUCUAGGCUGCAGAUUUAAUUCAUUUCCAGUUUUUGAUGCUUGUAAUGUGAGUCGGUGUAAUUUGUUUUUGUUGUUGUAAAAUCUUGUAAAAUUGUGAAUAAAUAGGCCUACUGAAAGCG